AUGGCUUUCAGGGAACAAGACGGUUCAUUGCAUAACUCCAUUGCCACUGUCCGAUGUGGCAUCCAGGAUAUUCUUCAGUCUGGAAACUACUAUGUUACGGAAGAGAUUGCCAGAGAAAUGUCGGUCAUCAAUCAUGUCCUUGAGCACCUGUCACUGGACAACACAUUUUUGGCAACAUCAAAGGAGUGGCAGCAAAAUCCUGGAAACUACACCCCUAGCCAAACGUACCAGCAUCUCUCAGGUGCAUUAGCCGCAGUAAACCAAGUUGCAGCAACACUAGACACCAUGAAGCAACACUUCUGUAAUGAGAACAUUGCUGGCAAGCAGGAGAAUCAACUUCGGGAGAUCCACCAGUGGGCCAUCUCAUCUCUCAAGAAUUCUCAAAAGACGCUGGAGCCAUAUGCUUAUGAUUCUGCGGACCGGAUCAAACAAUUUGGCGAUACUUUGGGAGUGACCGACAGGUACACCAGCUAUCGACAAAAUCUAACUCGUGGAACUAGAGACCCAUUUAGGAUGCAGACUUCAUGGAUGGACAAAGCUGGGGAGCUUGGUCUAAUGAACAAACUGACGAGAUCACAUGCUACCUCUGGAAGCCCAACCCUUGAGAAGCAUUUUGAGAACAGAACAGUUCAGUUUGUUGGAGAACCUUCCACAGAGUUUAGUGAGUUUGGCGGUGUGCCUCCAGCCAACAUCGGAGUUCUGAAGAAACAAAUCAGAUAUGGCAUGACUAACCCACCCAUGCGGGUUACCCGAGUGGAUUGUGCAGCAGAACAAAGCACUCAUACCUGUCAGCAGGUAGUAAGCAGCGAGCAAGCAGAAUCCGUUCCUAAGUUAGCAGAAGUCAUCGCCAAUGAAAUAUGUCUUACAUUUCUUUUGGGUUUUCUGUCUUCUCGUGGUCUUAAAACUCAACGGUUUCACGUAAAUAUUUCACGUAAAUAUAUAUCACCUGUUACUUCCGUUGACUGUGACCUUUCACCUUAG